AUGUUACACGCGUUCUCCCACAUCAAUCCUUGCACCUUUCACACACACCUCGAUCUUCGGUACGACCCCAAAGUUGUGGCCUUGCUCAGUCGCAUUGUCGUAUUCACCGCCGUAUUAUUCUACCACACCAUCUGGCACGCCCCGACAUAUCACCGAAAGUUCGCUAAGAGCCAACUUGGCCUCUCUUUGCACGUCGUCACUGGCCUCUUCGAGUACUUCCGAUACUGGCUCAGUACAGCGCGAAGCAAAUUCUAUACCUCACAAACCGCGGUCCCUCUCCCCGAUGAGCUGGACUUAUUGUGUAGCCUGGUCUGGUCGUGGACGAGCUUGAUGCUGGUCGCCGCCUGUAUGCGGCCCUUUGCAACCGCAGCGGCAUAUCUUUUUCGCAUCCCGAGUCUCCAUACCCUCAGUGUGUAUACAUUAGAGGGUCAAGGCGAGCACAAUUUAUGCGAUCUCCGUGCCCCUGGCGGCGGUGUUCAGCAUACAUCAGAGUCAAGUGCCGGGAGCCUCGGUGGUGUUUUUACUGGCCAUGUCGUUGACCAGGAGUUUGAAUCAGUGGGUGUCGCGUCAGUCGCAGGCUUUGAGGGAUCCGCAAAUCAAGGAGACAAAGCCAAUGUGGGAAAGACGCCUAGUGGUCGGGUUGCGGACAUUAGGGCCACCGAGCUCACUCAUUCGUCCCCUUCUGAUACUCUUGAUAAUCAUCUCAAUCAAGAGAAUCACCGAGCCGAGCCUGGAGGUAUCUCUGCUGAUUCCAAUCCGACAUCAGAUGUCACGAGUGAUGGCAUUUGUGAACCGCUGACUCCAGAUGAGUCUAAAAGGAUUCUCAUGUGCCUUCGGACGCACUGCCAUCCAAAAAGCCGUCUGAUAGCAUGGGGAAUCAAGGUGGAGCUGGAUUUCGAGGCCGAAAAACGCGAAACCGGACAUUUCCAGAAGGGUGCAAGCGCGCCCAUUUCCUGUCUUUCUGUGGAUCUCUUCAGAAUGACUCCUCAGCCAUUUCCCAAGGCCCAUCAUGUGUUCAAUCAGGGGGCUCAUCAGAUGCCUUUGCGAGGCACCAGAGAAGCCAUUGCAAUUGACUGCGAGAUGGUCAUGUGUGGAAACCAGUCAGAACUCGCGUACCUAAGCGCUAUCGAUUUCUUGACUGGAGAAAUCCUGAUCGACCAUCACGUCCAGCCAAAAGAAAAAGUGACGCGAUGGAACACUCGCUGGAGCGGAGUGAGUGUCCAGAGUAUGAAGGCUGCUCGACGUAAAGGCAAAGUGAUCUACGGCUGGGAAAAGGCUCGCGAGCGCCUGUGGAGAUAUGCGGAUCAAGAAACGGUCUUGAUCGGCCAUGCCAUCCGGAAUGAUCUAGAUGCAUUGAGAAUCGUCCACCCUCGGAUCGUGGACACAUCGAUCCUGACCAACGAAGCUAUUUUCCCGGAUUUCUCGAACAAAAGACUCUGGUCUUUGAAAACGCUGGCCCGAGAGUUUCUUCACCGAUCUAUCCAGACUGGACGACAAGGCCACAGCGCCCUGGAAGAUUCCCAAGCUACCCGGGAUGUUUUGCUGUGGUGCCUUCGGGACCCUGAAAGAUUGUCGCAGUGGGCUACGCGAGCUCGGGCAAGCGUCACUAGUCGGCUUGACCCCAUCGAGUCAAAUAGCCUAGGAAUCGAGUCUCGGAGGAACCAAAGCAUACCUGGGCAAUUAUCCCAGGCACUCAUGGUGUCUAGGCUGUCAAUUUCCGCGGACAGUGGUGAUGAUGUGAAGAACCCCCAGUAG